GCGCGUCUGCGCACGCGCUAGGUAGCUCACUGUGUGCGUGAGGCCGCCAUGACACUUUAGGCUGCAGCUCGCGUGAGAGAUAUAUUCUUGCCUCAGUCCGCAUCCUAUCCGUCCCAGCCCCGCGCCAUCCAGGUGACAUGGAGGAAGAAAGAAUAAGUGUUGGAUUACAGAAGAGUAUGAUGCAGGACUCGGUGACCUUUGAGGAUGUGGCUGUGGACUUUACCCAGCAGGAGUGGGCUUUGCUGGAUCUUGCUCAGAGGAGCCUCUACAGAGAUGUGAUGCUGGAAACCUUCCAGAACCUGGUCUCACUAGGGUACCCACUGCUCACACCCAAUCUGAUCUCCCAGUGGGAACAAGAGGAGGAACUGCAGACAGUGAAGACAGAACUUAUCCAGGGCAUCUGUACCGAGCAGCACCAGGAAGGCUUUGAGUCUCUACUUAAUACUAAGGAAUUAGUUGUUCUUCAAGAUAACAAUGGAGGAAAAAUAUCCAAUGAACAGAAAAUAGUGAGAUUCAAAAGAAAUGGUUCCUGCUCCUCUAUUUUACAUGAAAACCAGGACUUCCGUGGUGUGGAUGAUUGGAUCAAAAGCCAUGAGAAAGGUUUAAGUCAUGUGGUAGAGAACAUCUGUGAAUACAAUGAAGAAAAUCAAUGUGGACAAAUUUCAAAUCUUAUGCUCCAGAGAACUACUGAAGUCAAAUCCUUUGAAUGCUAUGAGUGUGGAAAGUCCUUCCUGUUUCAUUCAUCACUUAAGAAUCACAGCAGAUCUCAUGCUGGAAACAAACCCUAUCAGUGUAAGGAAUGUGGGAAAGCCUUCCAUUUUCUUUCUUGUUUUAAGAAGCAUAUGAAAACUCCUACUGAAGAAAAACCAUAUGAAUGUAAGGAAUGUAUAAAGGCCUUCAGUUGUUCCUCCCUGUUCAGAGCACAUAUGAAAAUUCAUAGUGAAAAGGCAAACUAUGAAUGUAAGGAAUGUGGGAAAACCUUCAGUAGUUCUUCCCACCUCACAGAACACAAAAGGAUUCACAGUGGAGAUAAGCCCUAUGAAUGUAAGGAAUGUGGGAAGGCCUUUAGUUGUUCCUCAUCACUCUCCAAACACAAAAGAAUUCAUAGUGGAGAUAAGCCAUAUGAAUGUAAGGAAUGUGGGAAGGCCUUUAGCUCUUCCUCUCAUCUUAUAAGACAUAUUAGAAUUCACACAGGAGAGAAGCCUUAUGAAUGUAAAGAGUGUGGGAAGGCCUUCAGUGAAUCCUCAAAACUCACUGUACAUAUGAGGACACACACCGGAGAGGAACCCUAUAAAUGUAAGGAAUGUGGGAAAGCCUACAAUUGCCCCUCCUCCUUAAGUAUCCACAUGAGAAAACACACUGGAGAGAAACCUUAUGAAUGUCUGGAAUGUGGAAAAGCCUUCUAUCUCCCCACUUCCCUGAACACACAUGUGAGCAAUCAAAGUAGAGAGAAACCAUAUGAAUGUAAGAAAUGUGGGAAGGCCUUCAGUUGUCCCUCAUCCUUUAAAGCACAUGUGAGAGAUCACCAUGGUAAGGUGCAAUAUGAAUGUAAGGAGUGUGGGAAGGCCUUUAGUCAUUCCUCAUCCCUCACUGAACACCUAAGAACUCACAGUGGAGAAAAGCCUUAUGAGUGUAAGGAAUGUGGGAAGGCCUUCAUUAGUUCUUCCUAUCUUACAGUACAUAGAAGAACUCACACUGGAGAGAAACCUUAUGAAUGUAAAAAAUGUGGGAAAGCCUUUAUUCGUUUGUCAGGUCUUAGUAGCCACUUGAGAACUCACACUGAGGAAAAACCCUAUGAAUGUAAGGAAUGUGGGAAGGCAUUUCGACAUUCUUCAUACCUUACUAUACAUGCAAGAAUGCACACUGGAGAAAAACCCUUUGAAUGUCUGGAGUGCGGAAGAGCUUUCAGUUCUCCCUCAUCAUUUGGGAGACAUGUGAGAAACCAUACUGGAGAUAAACCAUAUGAAUGUAAGGAAUGUGGGAAAGCCUUCAUUAGUUCUUCCUAUCUUACAGUACAUAGAAGAACUCACACUGGAGAGAAACCUUAUGAAUGUAAAAAAUGUGGGAAAGCAUUUAUUUGUUUCUCAGCUCUUAGUAUCCACAUGAGAACCCACACUGAGGAAAAACCCUAUGAAUGUAAAGAAUGUGGGAAGGCAUUUCGACAUUCUUCAUCCCUUACUAUACAUGCAAGAAUGCAUACUGGAGAAAAACCUUUUGAAUGUCUGGAGUGUGGAAGAGCUUUCCGUUCUCCCUCAUCCUUUGGGAUACAUGUGAGAAGCCAUACUGGAGAGAAACCAUAUGAAUGUAAGGAAUGUGGGAAAGCCUUCAGUAGUUCUUCCCAUCUUACAGUACAUAGAAGAACUCACACUGGAGAGAAACCUUAUGAAUGUAAAAAAUGUGGGAAAGCCUUUAUUUGUUUCUCAGCUCUUAGUAUCCAUAUGAGAAUCCACACUGAGGAAAAACCCUAUGAAUGUAAGGAAUGUGGGAAGGCAUUUAGACAUUCUUCAUCCCUGACUAUACAUGCUAGAAUGCACAGCGGAAAAAACCCUUUGAAUGUCUGGAGUGUGGAAGAGCUUUCAGUUCUCCCUCAUCCUUUGGGAUACAUGUGAGAAGCCAUACUGGAAGGAAACCAUAUUAAUAUAAGGAAUGUGGCAAAGCCUUUAUUUGUACAGCCUACUUUCGAAGACAUGUGAAAAUUCACACAAGGGACAACAUAUAAAUGUAAGGAGUAAGGGAAUCUCUGCAAGACUUUUUCUGAACUAAUGCAGUUUGUGAAGUCUCAUUUUGUGAAGUCUUAUACUGUAGAGACACUAUAAAUAUGAGAAAGUAGGAGAUUACCACUCAUUCUUUUGAAUAGUUGAGGACAACUGAGAGAAACCCUGUGUUUGUUAGCUAUAAGGUAAAGCCUUUUGAUUUUGAACAUAACUUGUGCCACAGUCUGGCUGGGCUGUGCAAAGUAGCCGGUGGGGGGUGGGGCGACAAGCAACUUGUAAAGGUGGAAACAGCGGGAGCCACUGUGUUCAGACCAGCAGAGGUAUAUAUACCCAAGUAAAUACAGACAGCUUAUCUCAAUUAAUAUCAUCCAGUUACAGCAAUCAGUCAUUAAGGAAUCCUCACCAUCUUAAUAAUCAAACACAGCUUAACUCAAUUAACAUCAUCUAGAUACAGCAGUCAGUCAUUAAGGAAUCCUCAUCAUCUUAAUAGCUCGCUGGCGUUACUUCUCAAACCACUCCUCCUGGCAGCGUGCCAGACACCUUCUUGACUUGGCUGUGGCUCUCAACACUUGUGUAAGAAAAUUCUAAAUUUGAGCUAGAAAAGAACAUCAGUGCCUCAUUAAAGUGGACUUCUAGAGGGUCAUUGAUUUCCAGUGUUUUCUAAUAGGAAGAUUUAAGGUUAUAUGUUUCCCUUUUCAGCUUUUAUGACAUACUUUUGAGUAUGAGGUGAGUUUCUUUAGCUGAGAUGUAAAUGUUAUUUCUAUUACAAAGUCUUUUGAACUCUUGGGAGAUUGUGUGUGUACAGGUGUGUAUGCUUCUCCUCUGAGACAGGGUCUGGCUAUGUUCUCCAGGCCUGUAACUCCUGGACUUCUGCCUUAGCCUCCUAAGUUUGGGAGUGCAGGCAUAUAUCAUUGAGUCUGGCUCAAGUACAUUUUUUUUUUUUUUUUUGGCAGGCAGGUAAAUGGUGGUUUUUUUUUUUAUUGUUUAAGUUUGAACGCACAGAAUGGGCACCUUCUUCUUCUUCAUCUUUGUCUUUGCUUUUGCCUUCUUCUUCUUCAUCAUCUUCCUCUUAGUCUUUGCCUUCGUCUGGAUACUGAAAGUUGCAUACCCAAUAAUUCCCCCCUUACCUUUAAACUAAGAGUACCAACUGUUUUUGAGAAUAUUAGUGUUUACUAUCAAAAGCUUUUCAUGUGUAAUAAAAAGUUUUAGCAGAAAUUAAUUAGUACAAAGGCCUUGAAAGAGUAUAAUCUCAUCUAUUUGCUGUUUUGUGUUUUAUUCUUUAUGUUUGUUCAUGACUGGAAUCUUUUUGAAUUUAAAUUUUUUAAGUUGUUGAUGGAUCUUUAUUUUAUUUAUUUAUAUGUGGUGCUGAGAAUCGAACCCAGUGUCUCAUACACGCUAGGUAAGCACUCAAUUACUGAGCCAGAGCCCCAGCCCUCAUAGCUGGAAUUUUGAUCUAAUGUUUUAAGUUAAUAAAGUGUGUUAUAUUAAUUUGGAUAUAGCUGAAGAGUACAUUUCCCUUAAUCACUUCUAAUCCUAGGUGAUAGUUUUCUAAAAUAACUUUGCAAGAAGUUUGAAAGGCUUUAGGGAAGGAGCUACAAUUGCCUGCUUAUUAGGACCACGAUAUAGGUAGACCAAUGAGUAGGGACCUUGUGGGCCCCAGUUUUCAGCUCAUUUUUCUAAGUAUUGAACACAGUGAUCCAUCCUUGCUCAAAACUGAAUGUUAAGUGCUUGACCUCAGUCUCCUCAGGGGCUGCACCUCCACAAACAUCUCCAUUAUCUCCUGUAUCCUGGCCAAACACAACUUAGAUUUCUCUGGCAAGCUCAUUUUGGCAUUUUUGCUUCUCAUUGCACUUCCUCUGGCACUUUCACUGCCCUGUUAGAGUUGACCAGUUUGUGGAAGGAUUGUCAUCAUGCUCACAGUCCAGUCCCAUUCUUCACUCUGCUUAUGGGAUUGAUGUCUAUACAAGCCUACCGUGCCGCAGUCUGGCUGGGCAGAAAAUCACGAGCCACUCAAGCAGUUUAUUUUUGAAACUGCCGCCAAUGCCCCAUAUGCUCCCGGGAAGAUUGCCGACCGACCCAUGUGGCGUUCUCCCGGACCUCCACAGGAGGUCCCUCCUCCAGAAUUCCCUCCUACCGCACUUCCCCAACCAAUGGGAACUCUCCAGGAGUCCCGUAGCAGGCCAGGUGAACAGCAGGAAUCUAAUAUCCAUAAGGAUGCAGAUCUUAACAUAAUCAUAUCAUCUCAAUGGCUUGCUGUUGUCACCUUUCAACCCAAAAUGCCAUGCAUCAGAUUACUUGGCUGUGGCUCUUAGCAUCUCCCCCCUUCUGUUUAAUUAAGCAACAAGUAAUGUGGCUAGGGAGUGUGACUGUUAGGUUUGUCCAAUUCAACAUAUGGUUCUUACCCGUCAUCGGAUGAACUGACCUCUAGGCGUCAUCCUCCAGUCUUAGGUUGAUACCACUGCAAUUGGAUCAUACCCAUCACUGACUACCAGUCUAGCAUAUAGCCAUACUUGUGGAUAGGCCUAUGCACCAGUGGGGGGGUGAGGUUCUUAGCCUCACCUCUGCUGGCCCCCAAAUUUGGCCUUGGUGCCGUUGGGGGGGUGAGGUUCUUUGCCUCAACUCUGUUGGCCCCCAAAUUUAGACCAUCACUAGUAGAAGGGAGGAGGAUACAGAAAUGUCAUGACACCAAGCCAAUUGAUAGCUCCUUAGGAAAAAUUGCAUCACUGGUGACACAUCAGCAAAGAUACACCAGCACUACCAUAAUUCGCUGCAUUAACAGAUAGUUCACAAUGCAUGCAAGUGAUAUAUAGUCCAGGCAAUUUCUGCAAGCAGUUCAAAGUGGAGGAAUCUAUCAAUAUGUCCGUUUCCUCCCAAAAUAAAUCGACUCUUUGAUUGAGCAUUACUUGUUGAGUUAUUAUUCAUUGAUGCAUCAGUUUAUACAGUUUGUUGUGAUAACUAUCGAAGAAGUUGUAGUUUGGUUUCAUUUUUGUCUUCACUGGCACUGGGAUUGAAAUAGGAAUUCUGACAAUGAUGCUAAAAAAAUUAUGUAACAUUUCAACAGGUACUGAGAAAACAAUUUUCUGAACAAUUUACAUUUUCCUGAACAGAAUUAUUAAAUAUAAUGAAAAGGAAAGGUGAAAGUAAACAAACAGAUAUGUCAACUUCCUAUUUGUUCACAUAUUAAAACAAUCCUCAACAGCUGUUUACCCAAUUUAAAUUAAACCAUUAAAAUCAUGUAAAUAAUAAAAAAAAUUUGGAUCCAUUUAUUCAUGAGCGCUCCUCAUAUAUGAUAUAUGGACACACACACAUACAGACUUACAACACAACAGAAAUGUGCACAUAUAACAUACAACACAUAAGACAAUAGUAAAGGCCUUGUAGCUUUACACAGGUGAAAUCUCCAUUGCAAUGUUUAAAAACUCCACAGUCAAAAAAUAAAACUGAUCAGAAAAACAUUAACCUAGGUCUGUAUGAGCUCAAAAAUAAAAUAGAACUUUAUGAUGUGGGAAAAAGCAAUAAUAAAAUAGACAUUGGAAAAAGCAUCCUGGUUAAUCACUGUGACAGAUGUAAGACUAGCCAACUGGAGCUCUGGAUAUCAGCUGUUAUGGAUUUGAGUCAAAUCAUCUUUUUUUUUUGGUCUGUAGAAAUUGUUUUGGUUAGUCUCUCUGGAAUCCAAAUCGGCUGCUGUUCUCCCUGUAGAAACACACAAACACAACCCCGACACCAGACAAUCACUGGGUCAGGACCUUUCCAUUGUCCUGUUAGAAUAUCCUUCCAAAGUACCUUAGGCUUAUGUACAUUUUUUGGAUUCUAAUGUCUUUCCGUAGCACUAAGCCCUGAUGAAUCCAAAUUUAAAAUGUUUAGAGUAAAAAGGGUUAUUUUAAGUUUAUCUUUGGGGGAUAUAUGCCCCUUUCCAAUUCCCUCCUUUUGUUUUAAUAAGUACAUUUUAAUAGUUUGAUGAGCUCUUUCAACUAUGCCUUGUCCCUGUGGAUUGUAUGGAAUUCCUGUUAUGUGAGUAAUGCCAAAUGCUGAGCAAAAUUGUUUAAAAGAGGUAGAGGUAUAGCCAGGGGCAUUAUCUGUUUUUAACUGUUUUGGAAUGCCCACAGUGGCAAAAUUUUGAAAGCAAUGAGCUAUAAUAUCUUUAGUUUUUUCUCCAUUAUGAAGGGAGCCCAUCAAAAAUCAGGAAGAAAUAUCAACUAUAACAUGCAAAUAUUUUAAUUUUCCAAAUUCUGGCAAGUGAGUGAUGUCCAUCUGCCAAAUAUGGUUAGGUAUCAGUCCUCUAGGAUUGACUCCAAGAUUAACUUGUGGUAAAAAGGUCACACAAUUUUGACAUUGUUUUAUUAUUUGUCUAGCUUGUUCCUUAGUUGUUUUAAAAUGCUUCUGUAAAGUAUUAGCAUUGACAUGGAAGCUUUUAUGAAAAUUUGUAGCUUCUUCUAGUGUAGAGAAAAUAUGUAUGUCAUGUGUAGUUUUUUCUGCUAAAUCAUUGCCCAAACUAAGGGCUCUAGGCAAUCCUGUAUGUGCCCUGAUAUCUCCUAUAAAGAAUGGAUCUUUUCUGUCACAGAUUAGACUUUGUAUAGUGGAAAACAAAGAGAAAACAGUAGAGGAAGGAGAAAUUACCAGCAUCUUCAAGGGAUACUAUAGCAUUAACUAUAUACUGACUAUCAGAAAAUAAAUUAAAUACAGAAACUUUAAACAUCACAAAAGCUUGGAAUACUGCAUUAAGCUCUACAUUUUAGCUGAUUGUUUCAGUACUAAAAAUGUAAAAGUUUGAUCAGGGGUAACUACUGCUGCUGUACCAUUAUUUGACCCAUCAGUGAAUAUAUUUGGAACAUUCAUGAUAGGUGUUUUUCUUGUCAUUUUUGGAAAAAAACUACAGGAUGCGAAGACGAAAAAGACAACAAAGGAUUAGAUGGUAAGUGAUUAUCAAAUGAAACAUUAGAUUUGCACAUGAUUAUUGCCCAAGUAUUUAACUCAUUAGCUAACUCAUCAAUUUGAUCCAUAGUAUAUGGAGUAAUAAUUUUAUUGGGAGAAAUUCCAAACACUCCCUUUGCUGCUUUUAUUCCUUUGCGUAUCAAUUGUCCUACAGCCUCAGGAUACCUAGUAAGAAUAGUGUUAGGAGAAUAAGAUAAAUGUACCCACAAUAAUGGACCUUCUUGCCAAAAUACUCCUGUAGGAAUAUUUUUUGUUGGUAUUAUGAUAAAUAACAAAGGCAAACUUAUAUCAAUUAUAUUCAAAUGCAUAUUUUCCAUAUAUGUUUCAAUAAUUUUUAAUGCCUUUCUUGCUUCAGGCGUUAACAUGUGGGGUGAAUUUGGAUCUGAUGGACCUUUUAGGAUAUCAAAUAAAGGUCCUAGCUCUCCUGUUGGUAUGCCUAGAUAAGGCCUUAUCCAAUUUAUGUCUCCCAAUAACUUUUGAAAGUCGUUAAGUGAUUUGAGUUGAUCUACUCGUAUUUGAAUUUUUGGUGGAUGGACCAUGGUUGAGGAUAAUAGAACUCCUAAAUAAUUAAUUGGAAGAUUUAAUUGUACUUUAUCUAUUGCUAUCUCUAGAUUAUAAUUUUUUAAUAAAUUUGUAAGUGUGACAUAACCUUCUAGCAAUAUGUUUUUAUCUUUAUGUGCCAAUAAUACAUCAUCCAUAUAGUGAAAUAUUUGUAGUUCAGGAUUUUGAUUUCUAAGUGGCUGGAUUGCUUUGUUAACAUAAAUUUGACACAUAGUUGGACUAUUAGCCAUCCCUUGAGGGAGUACUUUCCAUUAAUAUCUCUGAUCAGGACCUUCAUGAUUUAGUGCAGGGAUAGUAAAUGCAAAGCGUGGACUAUCCUCAGGAUGAAUUGGAAUUGAAAAAAACAAUCUUUAAUAUUUAUAGCUAAAACAUACCAGGUUUUUGGCAAAGCAGACAAUUGGGGAAUCCCUGAUUGAGCAGGUCCCAUAAUAACCAUCUCAUUAUUAAUGGCUCUUAAAUCUUGCAAUAAUCUCCAUUUACCAGAUUUCUUUUUAAUGACAAAAAUGGGAGUAUUAUGGGGAGACACGGAAGGUUGUAUAUGUCCCUCCACUAAUUGUUGGUUGACCAGGUCAUGGGCUACUUGUAUCUUUUCUUUAGUCAGGGGCCACUGAGGAACCCACACUGGUCUUUCUGAUUUCCAAGUAAUUUUGAUUGUCUCAGUGCCCCUUUCUGAAAACCCAAUCCAUGUCUAUUUAUUCCUUGAUCUAUUUGAAUUGGUGCUGUCAGACCUUCUUCUUGUUCUCUUAAUCUUUUUUCUUUCCUAAACCCUUGUCUAGCCCUAGUAGUGGGCGCGUUAGGAUUGAUGUUAUUUGUUAAUGUCAAACCUAAUUGAUCUAGGACAUCUCGUCCCCAUAAAUUUAUAGGAAGAUGAUCCAAUACAAAAGGCUGUAUAGUUCCUUCACAUCCUUCAGGAUCCUUACAAUCCAAUACUAUUGUACUUCUAUGGGAAUUAGUUGCCACUCCUGGGCCUCGAAGCGCUUGAGUGGCUUGUUGUAAUAGCCAAUGUUUUGGCCAUUCUUGACGAGAUGUGAUGCUAAGGUCAGCUCCUGUGUCCAGUAGCCCAUUAAAUUCAUGUCCUUGAAUAUUUAGUUUUAGCAUUGGGUGAGAAUCUAAAUUUAAAGACAGCAUAGCCCUAUCCACACCUGUGGAGCCUAAUCCCCUGGAACCUCUUUCUACAGAACGACUGGAAAAUUUAUCAUGCAGGCUGGGUAUUAUUAAUAACUGUGCUAUUCUAUCUCCUGGUGAUAUUACUGAUAUACCUCUUGGAGAACUAGCUAUGAUUUUUAUUUCACCUUCAUAAUCGGGAUCAAUUACCCCAGGACUUAUCAUAAAUCCUUUUAGUGUAGAAAAACUGCGUCCCAAUAAUAAGCCUACUGUUCCUUGGGGAAGAGGUCCUUUUACUCCUGUGGGAAUGAUUUAAACUCCCAUCUCUAGAGUUAGUACUGCUCUGGUGGAGGUGCAGAUGUCCAACCCUGCACUCCCUCUAGUUUGUCUGAUGAGGGAUUUAAUGGAUAAUGUGUCCUGGGCACUACACUGAUGGUGUUGCUGGGUUCCCCCAUUGCUCCAUAUAUUUGUGGUUGUGGGCCCCGGAGCAUUGGGCCCCCCAGUCCGUUUUUUGGCAAUGGAGCCUGAUGCCUUUCUCCACGAUAUCAUGCGUAAACACUUGGUGCUUUUCCGUUUUUUGAUAACGGAAUACCCUCUAUGGUAGUUUGAGAAUGGUAUUCAUUAGCCCAAUCUCUCCCUCUACGGCAUCAUGGGCAAAUACCCGGUAUUCUAUUCCUUUGAUACCUAGCUUUGUUAAAUCCUCCCCCUAUGGGGCAACACCUUUUAAAAUGUCCUGUUUGUUCACAAUUGUAGCAUGUUUUUGGCCUAGCAUCUAAAGCCUGUUGUACUGCUGCCAAGACUUGCUCUUGUUCAUUAAUGUCUCUACAUAAUUUAAUAUAUGUGUUUAAAUCUUCAUGUCUCCAUGGUCUAAUGACCUCUCUGCAGCAACAAUUUGCUUGGUCAUAAGCCAGUUGUUUUAUAAAUGGCAUUGCUUGUUCUGUAUCCCCCCAAAUUCUGGAAGCUGUUUGAAUAAGCCUAUCUACAAAUUAAGCAUAAGGUUCAUUAGUUCCUUGUAUUACCUUAGAUAAUUGUCCUUAUAAAUCUCCAUGCCCCUGUAAAGUUUUCCAUGCCCUAACCACAUCUACAGCAAUUUGUGCGUAUAUGCCAGGAUCAUAUUCAAUUUGUUGCCGUUGAACCUCAUAAGGUCCUUUUCCUAACAACAUAUCUAGAUUUCUUUGAGGGUAACCAGCUGCUGCAUUUUGCCUAGCUGUCUCCAUGCAAAAUUCCUCAUUGGCAACCUUCCAUAACAAAUAUUGUCCUCCAUUUAGCACAGAUCGACACAUGGUAGCCCAAUCUGCUGGCGUCAUGUCCAAGUUGGUAAUGGAUUUGACCAUGCUCACAGUGAAGGGUGCUUGCAGGCCAUAGGUUGUUACAGCCUCCUUUAAUUGCUUCACUGUUUUGAAAUCUAAAGCACGGUGAAUUCGUUGCCCUCCUGCCUGCUCAAGUACAGGGCAUGCUAAUCUUUGAGGUCCUGCCUCAGGAUUCCGUCCAUCAAUUACGGGAGUUGAGGGCCACUCAGCUGUAGAUGGAGCUGUUGGUUGAAUUACGCCCUCUGGUGAUAGAACAGAGUUAGUAGCAGCCUCCUGUUGUAGCUCCCCCCCUGAUGUUUGUUUGUCCUUUAAGCUUUCUUCCUUUAAAUUUUCCUCUGUCUGACUAGCUCGAGACACCUUCUCUUUUGCUUGACCUAACAUGUUUUCUACCAUAGUCUGGACCUCUAACAAUUUACUUAACAGUCUUUCGGUUUGUUUUUUACUAAUUUCUAAAUUACUAUAAAGGUAAUGCAACCCAAUAAGAUAACAUAAAACAAAACCGAGACAGAAUGAAACAAAAACAGAACAAAAAAUCGUUGUAUCAAUUUUCUCUUUCUCAGGGCCGAACAACUUCAAACCUUGAGCCAACCAUUUUUCCCAGUUUGCCUGAGAAAAUUCUAAGGAUAGGCAGCUUGAAACAAAAACAAAAUAAAUCAAAACAAGAACACAUUGUUUUUUGAAAUGGUCACCCAUUCUCUCUCCUUCCCUCAGGGGCAAGCAAUUUUACUCACCUCCAAGCUUCAGGCGUCCCCCGCACGGGCCACCAAUUGCCGCAGUCUGGCUGGGCACAAAAUCACGAGCCACUCAAGCAGGAACAAACUUUAUUUUUGAAACUGAUGCCAAUACCCCAUACGCUCCAGGGAAGAUUGCUGACCAACCCAUGUGGCAUUGUCCCGGACCCCCACAGGAAGUCCCUCCUCUGGAAUUCCCUCCUACCACACUUCCCCAACCAAUGGGAACUCUCCAGGAGUCCCUUAGCAGGCCAGGUGAACAGCAGGAAUCUAAUAUCCAUAAGAAUGCAGAUCUUAACAUAAUCAUAUCAUCUCAAUGGCUUGCUGGCAUCACCUUUCAACCAAAAAUGCCAUGCAUCAUAUUACUUGGCUGUGGCUCUUAACACUAUGAUGGUCCCAAAAGUGAGUAGAGCUGUGGUUAAUGAAGUUAUCCUGACUGUAAUUAAGGCAAGCCUCAGAUAGGUGUCAUCCUAUUUUGGUAGAGGAGGAUUUAUAUUUGAUACCUUCAGACAGGGACGAUUUUACUGCCUUUAUGUGAGAAGAGGAAUGCUAUGAGCUGUUUCAGGUACAUUUUGCUAUCUCCUCCCCUUUUUUAAAACAUUGUAUUUUAAGGGGUGGUGUUGUGGAUCAGUGGUAUAGCAUUUGCCUAGCAUGUAUGAGGCACUGUGUUUGAUUCUCAGCAUGGCAUAUAAAUAAAUGAAUAAAAUGAAGGUCUAUUAAAAACUAAAAAUAUUUCAGAAAAUUAUAUUUUAUCUCUUAAAAGCAUAACUAUACCAUUUCCCUUAAUCACUUUUUACUGUUUAUCAAGGUAUACAUACACUAAUGUGCAAGCUGUGUACAGCUUGAUGUAAUUUCACAUAGAUGUAUACAUCCUGGUGGACACAUUUCCAGGAUUCCAGGAAGUUCAUUCAUCUCCUUUAUCAAUAAUCACUCCACAGAGGAAAUUGGAUUUUGACUCUUAUUACUCUUGAUUUGGUGUGCUUUUUCUGACUUUUCAAAUAAAUGUUAAAACUACAACA